AUGUCGGAGACCUCGUCCAGCAAGGAGGGUCCCCCGGCUGAGUGCCCCGUGUGCUAUGAGAAGUUCCACCUGCUGGAGGCCGCGUGCCGCAGGCUGAGCUGCGGGCACACCUUCUGCCACGACUGCCUGGUGAAGUGCCUGCUCUCCGCCAAGCUCGACGGCCAAGUCCAGAGCAGCAUCAUCUGCCCUGUCUGCCGCUACGUGACUUUCCUCAGCAAGAAGAAGGCUCUGUGGCCAUCCAAGGAGGCACUGGAGAUGCCGCUGUCACCUUCCUCCUUGUCCCAACUGACUAAGACGGAGGCCAGCAAUGCUUUGGUGGUGCCCAGUCAUUUUGUGAUGCCUGUCCAAAGCUUUGACCGGUGCUGCGGCGCAGGGAGCAGCCCUUCGGGUUUGCAGGGGCUCCCGGGAGAGCUGGCACGGGAAACCCACAUCUUUGUCAUCAGUGACCACGGGAUGCCGCUGGUGGACGUGGACUGCAGCUCCCUGGGAAGGAGAAGCCGAGCGGAAACUCAAAGCUCGGUGUCCUCCAGCACAGCCCUGGGGGUGAAAUGCUGCCAGUCACCCAUUGCCCUUGCCAUUCUCCUUAUCCUGACCGUGGCCAUGCUGGCAGCUGUGCUCCCUUGGCUACUGCUGGUGAAGAGGGACUCAUAG